CCUGAUCGAAAGGGAUGCUCAAUCCGUAAACCUCUAGGUUCCAGACGAGCAACCAAAACAAAGCGAGGAUACAAUCUUUAAUCUGAUUCCUCUUGCAUCCAAGGUCAGUGAAUGUUCCGGUUUCUGGACCUUCUACUGUGCGUUCACAGAAUAAUACAACAAGAUAAAGGGAUGAUCAGGGCUGUUUUACACUGACUGCAUGCCAUGUUUACUAAGGCAGUUGUAUCCAACCACAAGAGCAAUGUUGGCGAGAAAGGGAAUCGUUCCUGAAGAGUAUUUAUUGACCAGGCUGGUGGAAGAUGACCUCUCUCAGCCUCGUUACCAAACCAGAUCCAGGAAAGCUCGCUUCAUCACCAAAAAUGGAGGCUGCAAUGUGGCUCACAAGAACAUCCGUGAGCAAGGACGCUUCCUUCAAGAUGUCUUCACCACUUUGGUGGACCUCAAGUGGCCUUACACCCUUGUGAUCUUCACAAUGUCCUUCCUGUGCAGUUGGAUGCUCUUUGCCAUGCUUUGGUGGCUCAUUGCCUUUGCCCAUGGUGACCUGGACACCACUCAGGACAAUAUUGUUCCCUGCAUCACGAGUAUCACAUCGUUCGCGUCCGCCUUCCUGUUCUCCAUCGAGGUCCAGGUGACCAUAGGGUUUGGAGGCAGAAUGGUGACUGAGGAAUGCCCCUUGGCAAUCACAGUCCUGAUCAUCCAGAACAUCUCGGGCCUCAUUGUCAAUGCAGUCAUGUUGGGCUGCAUCUUCAUGAAGACAGCCCAGGCCAAUCGAAGAGCAGAAACCAUCAUUUUCAGCAAGCAUGCAGUAAUUGCUCAGAGAAAUAAGAAAUUGUGCUUUAUGUUCCGGGUAGGGGACCUGAGAAAGAGUAUGAUAAUUAGUGCCACCAUCCAAAUGCAACUGGUCAAGAAGACCACUACUCGGGAAGGUGAGGUCAUCCCCAUCUCGCAGAUUGACAUCCAAGUGGAGAACCCAGUUGGCAUCAAUGCGAUUUUUUUGGUUUCCCCCCUCAUCAUUAGCCACACCAUUGAUAAGAAAAGCCCACUCUAUGACUUAUCAGCAGCUGGCCUCCAACAGGAGGACCUUGAGGUAGUGGUCAUCCUUGAAGGGGUGGUGGAGACCACUGGCAUUACGACCCAGGCGAGGACAUCCUAUUUGCCGGAGGAGAUCCUUUGGGGCCACAGGUUUGUGCCGAUUGUGACCGAAGAGGAGGGCCGAUACUCGGUUGAUUACUCCAAGUUCGGCAACACCAUAAGGUCCAAGACGCCACUCUGCAGCGCCAGGGAAUUGGAGGCACAGGAGAGAAGCCAAAAUCAAACGCACAAUGGCCCUAACCUGCCAAAGAGCGCCUUUGGGGAAAGAUAUUUCACCAAGACCACCAGUGUCCCUGGAACACGCCUGAAAUCAUUUGUGCGUUUUCAGUCUGUAGAUUCUUUGCCAGAUUUGCAGUCACAAGAGGGAAUUGACUCAAGGUCGUUGCUUCUCUGAAUCAUCUUUCCAUCAUUGUCCCUUCUACUCGUUAAAAUCCUCACGAUAUUACCAUCCAGACCAAUCAGCCCCACUGCCAACAUUGAAUCCUUUUGAAAGCUAGAGUGAUUAAGAGAUAUGAGGUUGGUUGAGUUUUAUUUUGGGCUUUCUCAGGCCUUUUUGAAACUGUGAAUGUCCUCUUCCCAUGUAAAGUUAACAUGGGCCAAAUGGCCUUUCAUUCUAUUAGCCUGUGCUGGCUCAUUUGAAAGAGCUGUCUAAAAAGUCUUGAAAUCUCAAUCUUUGUCCAUUUGCUCUGAGCAUUUGCAGGUCCUUCAAAACUAGCCUUGUCACAUCUGCAGAUGUCCUCUAUAGCAAUGGCCACAGAAUGAUAAUUGGGAGCAGGAACCCUGGGCUGUAAUUUACUCUCCAGUUUGAGAUUAAUGAACUCACUUCCUUUAGUCUUCCCAUCUUUUUAUAAUCUACAGGAGAUACUUCUUUUUCCCCCAACAUACGCUUAUCUUUGCCAAGAUUUGGAAGAUAAUAACAAUGCUACUGUGGGCCUUCAUCCUUAGUUCAUCUGCCUUUCUGUUUUGAAAGUACAGUGAUGGAGCAACUAAGACUCUAUAACAUCUAAUGCCACAUGCUAAGACCCCAAUGUGAAAUGAGGUGUGCACCCUCAUCCAUGUCUUAAUAGACACUAGCUUGGACAAAUCAUUGGUAUUCCCAUUAGGUAACCAUCAAAAGGAUAGGGAUUGGAAAAGUAUUAUAUGACCUCACACAGGCUGAACUGACGCUAAUUGUUAGAGCAGUAUAGAAGAUAAAUUUGCGCCUGACCAUGAUAUGAGUUGUUGAAAUAUGUUCCAUUCCCCAACACUGCAUUCCUUAGAAGAAGCACAAGAUUCAGAAAGACAUUUUAAUUGUCCAAAAUUCAAAGCAUUCUAAAUUGUAAUGAUAAUUGGAAUGAAGCACACAUGCAACAUGAGAAGCACAUGGCAACAGUUAUUGCCUGCAAUGUCCUAAUGUGACCUAACCUUGUCACUGAUUGACAUGUUUUGGGAUGGAGUGGAGGUAUGGGAAGCAGCUCCUUUGAUGUCAACCUUGACCUGAUGGGAUUGUCCAGCAAAUACCUGGCAAAGGAAGUGAGAAGCAAUAAAAGGUGGAGCAGACUCGAUGGGCCAGAUGGCCUACUUCUGCUCUUAUGUCUUAUGGACAACGUGACUAUGGGGAGAGGCAAUGAGGGGAAAAAAUUGGUAGGCAGGAUCUCUGAAUUUUAGAAAGAUGAUCAAUGUCAUUGAAACAAAUAUAGUUCGUAGAGGGUUAGACCAGUAGAUACUGACCCAUUGCAGCCAAGUGGAAAACAGAGUCUAGAACACAAGGUCACAAUCUCAGGAAUAAGCGCAUAGCUAAUAGAAAUGAGAUAAGGGAACAUUUCUUCACUCAAAGUUGUGGAUCUUUGAAAUCCUCUACUCCAGAAAGCAGUGCGUCCUAAGUCAUUCAGUAAAUUUAAAAUAGGCAUCAAUAUGUCUUUGAGUGAUCAAGUGAUUGGGCCUUGUGGGAAAAUCUGAGGGACGCUGGUGCAGGGAAGUGGGGUUAAGGUAGAAAAUCAGGCAUUUAUUGAGUGACGGAGCAGGGUCCACGGGCGAUGCCUGGUCUUGCUCUUACAUCUUGCUUUCCUAGUAAAGACAUAAGUACUUUUCCAGUCUGAAGACCUGUUGGGAUUGAUAAGUAGAGGUUGGUCUUAUUGAAGAACACAUUUGUUUCUACAGCCUAAUAAGACCAUAACAAGGAGGCACAAACUUAAGGUGGUCAUUAAAAAAAAAGUCUAAUGGGGAAGGUUAGAAAAAUAAUCCUUUGACAGAGGCUGAUAAGUAUAAAACCUUCCAAGUCAAAAUAUUGUUGCAAACAAAUCCAUCAUCUGUUUUAAAAGGGAAUUAUGGUUAUUUGAAAGAACAUUCGGUACAGUGGGACUUCAUCUAUGAAGGUAAAUGCUACUACAGAGAAGAUAUGCGUUGAAUGGUGUCUUUGCUAUGCUGGCCAAUUCUAUAAUUCCAUCUGCACUACUACAUCUCAGGACUGAACACAUCACAUUUUAUCAUUAUUGUUGGUUACAGACAUCUUCUGUGAGGUUCCAACAAAUCUGUUUGUUAAUCAGAACACAAUUUUUCAUGUUUAUUGAGGUCCAAGAGGUAUUUGGAUCUGCCGCGAUUUACUUUGUACUUUGGUAUCUAUGAAAAAGUGUUAUAUAAAUGCAAGCUUCUCUUUCUUCCCCUCUGCUGUAUGUUUGCCCUGAUGUGGUCAGUUGAUGUCAAUCUCCAUUGCGAGACUAGAGACUCAGGGUUUCACUCCAGGCAACGAAGAUAUCAUUGGAGCUGAUUCUCCAAUACAUUACGACCAAGUUCUGCAUUUCUCAAUAAAUCUUCAGACGAAGCGUUGACUUGUCUGCACCUUUGGUGAUGGCAGAUAUCCCCUUGGUGCAGCCAGAACUUCAACAGUUUGCCUUAUCCCGUCGACCAAAUAGCCACCAAGAUGCAUUCAUCUCCUUGUCAAUUGUUGGAACAUACUGCAGCUAAAAUCGCUGAUGUCUUCACUAAUCUAACACUCAUCACAUGUCAAAGUGAGGCACGAAAUAUGAGCAAGUCUUUGUUUCUAUUUUAUAGUUUGAUUAAAACAUGUUGUACAGUUGUUGGAAUGGGCACACUGCAACUUGUGUUGUUGGUGUUGGGUGUUAGUUAAUGUGCUACAAUAGGAAUUUAUCAUGCCUUUAUAUAAAGCAACACUUGCAAAUUG